CACCAGUUGGUUGAUGAGGAUGAGGUUCGUUUUGAUUAAGAUAUGCCCAGCUCAUCGAUGCCUGCAGCUGAUGAUGCAUAUUACCCAAUAAUAGAUUUUGGCAUGUCCAGCUCAUCGACAUCUGCUCCCGAGGUCCAAACACCGGCCGUAAUCACAUGUGAGGGGCCUUUUCAGGCAUUCGCAUCGUCUGAGCCUAUUAGCCUCGCAGUUAUGGCCCAACAGUAUGGUGUUCAGACAGGCACCUCUUCUGGGAUGACAAAUGAUUUUCCUGCAUUCACUGGACAUAGCUCUUCAAUUGGGAGAAGACUGAGUUUUACCGACUCUCCCAUGAAAUUUGAUGUUGGAUCCUCACACAUUCCUGUGCCGGAUGUACAGACCUUAGAGCUACAGGAUGAGGGUGUGAUACAAGAGGAGGUUCACCAACGUAGAUCAAAACGAGAGCGCCGGCAAACUACGUGUGGCACAGGGGGAAAAAAGGGACAAUGUAAAAAUUGAAUUUUUAUUAAUUAUUGAAUUUAUCUCAGAUCUCAAUUCUUAUGUAAUC